GUCCCUUGCUUAUGUGCCAAAAGUUGACCUUUGUUUACUGGUCUUCUUCUUUAGUUACAGAAUACCAUCAACAUUUUGAAGAUUACAUUCUGGCGCAUGCCUGAUUGAGGUUUUUAUAAUGUAUAAAACAGGACUUUUAAUUCUGACAAGACCACUUCCUGUUUUAAAAUCAGCUGUUCAAUCGGUUUUGGAGGAAGCUGCAACAGUAGUAUCCAAUACACUCUAUGUUCAUAUUCAACCAUCAUCCAGUUCACAUACAUUCAAAAUCCGGAAUGUGCCUUGUUCUAAAGACUUCCGAUGUCUAAUGACACAGUUGUACUCUUCUAGUGCUUCGCUAUGCAAUAAUUUAGAUGUCAGAAUAUUAUUAAACAAUGUAUCAAAUUUACAAUUGGAAAGGAAUUUAAAGUUUGAUUUAAAAAGACCUUGUGAUAUUGUAUUGAUAGACAAUCAAUUGAUUGCUGAUGAAUUUCAAAAUAAAUCUGAAUCUUUAGCAAGCUUAAUGAAAGAUGGAUCAAGAGGACCAACAGAAGUACACACAUUAAGCAUGCCUGCUGACAGUCAAAGCAGUAUGAUUGAGGAUGAUAAAGUGGAAUCAUUUGAUAAUGUUGUUCUUGGUGGAACCUUUGACCGUUUACAUGCAGGUCACAAAAUAAUGUUGAGUGAAGCAUGUUUCCUGGCAGAACGACAGAUAACAGUUGGAGUUACAGAUGAAAAUAUGAAUCAAAAAAAGACAUUAUGUGAACUGAUAACUCCAACAGAGAAGAGAAUUGAAGGGGUUUUAGACUUUCUACAGGAUAUCAAGCCAUGCAUUGAACAUAAAGUUGUGGCAAUCAAUGAUAUGUUUGGUCCGACAAUCUCUGAUCCAGAUCUCCAGUUUAUUGUAGUGAGUGAAGAGACAAAAAGAGGAGGAGAAAUAGUUAAUGAAGAAAGACAGAAGAAGGGAUUUACUGUUCUGAAGCAGCAUGUGAUAGAACUGGUUGUAGAUUCAUGUCAUAAUCAAUACGAAGAGGAAAAAAUUAGUUCAUCAUCAUCAAGAAAGAGGCUGCUUGGAACUGUUAUCAAUCCUAUUAAGCCAAACAGAAACAUACCUAGCUCUCCCUAUGUAAUAGGAUUGACAGGAGGCAUAGCUAGCGGGAAGUCAGCAUUGUGUGGAAGGUUAGAGAAACUAGGUGCUGGUACAGUGGACUGUGACAAAUUAGGUCAUGAAGUGUAUUUGAAAGGAACACCCUGUUACAGUACUUUGGUAGAACAGUUUGGUAAUGAAAUUGUUGGUAAAAAUGGAGAAAUUCAAAGAAGAGUCUUAGGAUCUAUUGUAUUUAGCAAUCCAGAAAAGCUGCAUUUACUCAACAGAAUUGUUUGGCCAGAGAUAGGAAAACUUGCAGAAGACAAGAUAAAGAAACAUGCUGAAAAUGGUAAAGAAAUUGUGGUAUUGGAAGCUGCCUUACUAUUAGAUGCAGGCUGGAACAAUCUAGUACAUGAAGUGUGGACAUCUGUUGUUCCCCCAGGGGAGGCAGUCAAGAGAAUGAUGGACAGAAAUAAUAUGACGGAAGAGGAAGCAAACAAAAGGUUAAAGUCACAACUAUCCAAUAAGGAGAGAGUUCAAAGUUCAAAUGUUGUACUAUGUACUUUAUGGGAGUAUGAGUACACUCAAACACAGGUUGAGAAGGCAUGGUCCUUGUUACAGAAGAGGUUGAUAGAGAGGAACUCAGAACAUUCCAAAUAUUGAAUCAUUUUGAUCCUGUGAUAUUACAUCUCAAACAGAGAGUCCAUUGUCUUUCAGUCAUCUUUUGAAAAAAACACUUGUAUGUAAUAUAAAGCUCUAUUGAUAAUCAUGAAAAAUUUAAUAUUAAUCUUUAAAAUCAUAUAGAAACAUUUUAUUGACAUAUUUGUAGCAUUAAACAUGAUUUAAGUUGUCUUUUUAUGAACAUGAGUUUGGUGCUGUUUUCAUUAUGUUUAUUCCUCAAUACAUUUUGUUGGAACUUUAUUACCACCUGUGAAUUUAUCUCCGGUCUUUUUCCUUUCUUUCACUGAUCUACACUUCUAUAGAAAGCUGACCAUUAUUAUCACCCCUUUAUUAAAUAUAAACAUCAGUGUCAGUACCUGAUGGUUGCAAUGCAGAUCUUUUAUUUUAAGUGCCGGUCUUUGUAAGAAUCAGGCAAUUUAGGUAAAAAUCAAAACAUGAUAAGAAAAAACCCACCGUGCUAAUCAUGCUAUUUAAUACUAAUCAUCAUCCUGAGUUAAAAAAUAUUAGUCUUUCGUUUGUGUGUGUCUGGUAAUAUCAAAUAAAUUGGUUGGAAAAUUGGUUAGAAUGAUAGCAAAUUACAGAGUUAUCUCCCCUUAUUCGUUAAUUUCUAAUGCAUUUCAACCAAAUUGUAUCUUCUAUUACCAGAACAGAAAAAGGAAAUGAAUGUUAUUUUUGUGCAAAACUACAUAUUAUGAACUGAAAUCAAUGUCAAAUGGGGUGUGGUUUUUUGGUCAUGUUUUCACCACUGCCUGAUUCUUAGGCAGACUGGCACUUAAAAUCUUACCAAAACAUUAUAUUUAGUGAAUGGGAUACGAUAACUGCACAAACUCUGCAUUAACAUGCAAUUUGUUAUUAAUCAGAUUAUUUGCAUAAUUUGAUAAAAUACCAUUGUUAUUAAUUAUUUAUAUU